UUUCCCAUGGAGACAGAGACAGAGACAGAGAGAACAAACACAAGUAAAAAUAACCAAAUAACUAAUGUAUGAUUUAGUCUUGAGCGAACCUUGAUAAUUCAGUCAUCCUCAGUUAGAAACAAACUCAAAUCGACAUAUGCUGACAUGAGAAAGAAAACGAGCCACCCACUACUACCAACAAAAGCUUAUAUAACUCACAACCCACCAUUUUGCUCUCUCAUUCAUUGACAAAAUAUCUCUUGAACCAACAUAUCUGCCAUGGAAGAAGAACAUGAAGAAGCCCCAAAGCAGCAAAAGGAAAAUGGGGUCUCAGUCUCAGCCAACAAACAAAGCAAGUUGAAGACCAAAUGCAAGUUCGUUGGGGUGAGACAGAGGCCAUCAGGGAAGUGGGUGGCAGAGAUCAAGGACACAACAAAGAAGAUAAGAAUGUGGCUGGGAACCUUUGAGACUGCUGAGGAAGCUGCUCGAGCUUAUGAUGAAGCUGCUUAUCUUCUUCGUGGCUCCAACACCCGAACCAACUUCUCCACUCACGUCCCUUCCAAUUCUCCACUCUCUUUGAAAAUCAGAAACCUCCUCAACCACAAGAAAAGUUUGAAUUUGAAGCAAAAACAAAGCCCUCCACCAACCCCCAACAGCAGCUUAAAAUCCACCCCUAUAGCUGCUACAACUACUAGAAUUAGUUCUAGCUCUAGCAUUUGUAGCGGCAAUAUUCAAGCGUUUAGUGACACUUCAUCAGCCAACUGCAAUGCUAAUUCUAGUUCUCCUCUGCCUUGCUACAAAAGCCAGGACAUUCAAGCGUUUGAUGAUGCAUAUAGACCAGACCUUAGCAACUGCAUUGGGGAGCUUCAACCGGCUAUGUUUCAUUUGGAUCAGUCAUGGCCGUUCCUAGCUGGGUUUGAUCAGCUUCCACUAACCCAUGAAGGGAUGGACUUAACAAAAGGCAUUGGUAAUGUUGCAGCAGCAGAGGCAGAGGUGGCGGAGUUUGAGCGCUUAAAGGUAGAGAGGCAGAUAUCAGCUUCGAUUUAUGCAAUGAAUGGAGGGAAUGAGUAUGUGGACAAUGAGUACGAUGGAAGUGAUGCUUUAUGGGAUCUUCCUACUCUCUCGCAGUUGUUCUGCCUUGGCUGAUGUGAUGUGAUGAUGGUUGGCUGGCUGCUAAUCUUUUCCUCUCUUUUCUCUGAGUUUUAUAGUUUUGAAUGAGUCAGUCUCUUGAGAGAAAUCAUGUUUAGAGCAAGGCUCUUCAAAGCAUGAAAAUUCUAGGAACCUGUAUGUUAUUAAUAGUUUGUAAUAUAAUUAUCUGCUAUUGCGGAUUUGUUUCAGCCUGUAUGAUUAACAAUUGAUUUGAUAUUAGUGGUUCAAAAAUGAAGAAAACCAUUCUCAAAA